UCUUAAUUCUUUCUUUCUCUCUCUGUCUCUCAUUUAAAAUCUUUGUCACCAAGAAAUUAAUAGCAUCACCCCACCGUUUGAGCCAAACUCUGACGUCCUUCAACACAUUACAUAACUCUGCACCCUCCUCUGUUUUCAAACACAUAUAUACAUCUUUUCCUAAAAAUAAAAAACAGAACAAGAAACAGAGAACAUAGCACCCUCCUCUGUUUUCAAACAGAACAAGAAACAGAGUGAACAAAGAACCAUCGCCAUGCUUGAUCCAAGAACACACCACCCCACCAAUUCUUUUGAAUUGUACGACGCAGCACCACACAAACCUCACACAUGGGAAGCUACGAACAGUUCCGGUUUGUGGCCUUCGAAACCAGCUUUCGAGGAGGUAGAGGUUGAUGAUUCCGGAAUAUGUUCACCUCCCAUGUGGACAACGAGCCCCGCACGCCGCAAGAACAACCUUCGUAGCCUCUCGCCGACGUCGAGGACGCAAGCCAUAGUGAGUGGGCAGAGGGAGCUCAUGGAGAUGGUGAAGAACAUGCCAGAGUCCAACUACGAGCUCUCUUUGAAGGACCUCGUGGAGCACCACAGGGUUGUUGAUGCUACUAGACAAGAGAAAAACGUGGUGGAAGAGAGAAAAAACUUGAGCAGCGUGUACAUGAAGAGAGAAAAAAGUAGAAAGGUUGAUAAUAAUAAUAAGAUGGCACAGGUGAAGAGGAACGGGAACAUUGAUCGUGGAGGGUUCUACCUCAAAAUGGGUCUUCCUUUUCCUUUUGGAUCAAAGGACAAGAAGAAGAAGAUGAAAAAGAAAAAUGAGUCCUUGGGGAAUAGUAGUAGUUCGAGAGUUACCCCUAAACCUUCUGAUGGAUCAGCAAAGGGUGGUGGUGUUGUUGAUAAGGAGUGGUGGAAGAAGAGUCCUUUGGCGUGUAAAGAGAGUGAUAGUGGUGAAUCAAGUAUCAAUAGUGAGAGUGGGAAGAGCUCCGGUAGCAGUAGUAGCAAUAGCAGCAGUAGCAGGAGUAACAGCAGGCGUGAGAACAGUGGUAAGCGUUGCUGGCCUUUCAUCCGCAGACCCAAAAGUCGAACACAAAAAAAGUAAGAGAUGCUUCUGAUGAAACAACACAGUGCUCUGAGAACUACACAUGUUCAUGAUCCUUAGAAGCUUUAUGAUCUUCAUAAACUCCUCACAAGUUUUACCGCGAGUCAUUUGAUAACAACCUAGUACCAUGUAACUUUUUAUGAAUGAUGAAUGCACAUUCAACUAGGAAUCUCGAAAAACAUGUAUUGUGAGGAUGAUGAAAUCUGUAUAAAUGUCACAGUGCUUCAUGUAAUUAAGUUUUUCUGAUUUUCAGACAUGAUAAGGCAAAUACAAGCAUGCCAAUAGAAGGUGUACCAAGUUUCGAUUUUGUAUCUAUACCCUCAGAUGAAUAUGAACCUGCAUUUGGAAACUUUUUAUGAUGGCUUGGAUGAAGGAUCCCACAGUUGAAAUAGUUGUUA